AUGGUGCCCAUGGCGGGCGGAUCACUACUGGCCCUAUCAGUCAUCGUCCUUGCGGCCGUCGUGUCGACCCUUCUGCUGGCGCCAGUGGCGGCCAAUGACAUUGACGCGCUCUCAGCCCUGAAGAGCGGCUUGAAGGACCCAAAUGGCGCGUUGAAGACCUGGGACCCGCAGUUGGUGGACCCUUGUACCUGGUUUCACAUCACCUGCGACGACCACAAACGCGUCACCUGCAUAGACCUUGGCCGCCAAAACCUGUCCGGACCUCUGGCACCGGAGCUUGGCCAACUGGACCGGCUACAAUAUUUGGAAGUUUAUGGCAACCGCUUGAGCGGCCCGAUCCCGAAGGAACUGGUUGGGCUGUCCAACCUGAAAGAUGCGGAUUUUUCAAACAACGACUUCUGCGGCCCGAUUCCGACCUCCGGACCGUUUCGGCACAUACCACGUCGUAGCUUUGCCAACAACCCGCGCCUGGGCAAGAAGUGCUAG